CUUAUAUGGAUAGUGUUGGGAUCACUACAAGAAAAAAAGGACUUUUAAUUAGGGAUCAAUUAUGACGGGUUAAUAAUACUUUCAUUAAAUGAAUUAUUUGUACAUUUUUAAUAAAGAGAAAAAUUUGAGGAAAGGUCCUUUAUUCGUUCCAGGCAAUUCGGCGAAGAAGAACGCUUGAAAUUCGGGAUUUCACACAUCUAUUCGCGAUUUCUUUCUUCGUUCUUCCAGAUCUAUCGCCCGGUCAAAUUUUCGACUGAUUCACAGGAGCAAAAUGCAAAAGGAAAGAAUCCGUUGACGUGAAAUCUUCUUCCCAUAUGAAUGUCUUAUCUCGCCCAAAUUAUGCAUGUUUUUCGCGUCUCCGCCUCACGGAUUUUACACAGAAGGAAAGUCUCGACUUGAAUCCUGAUUCAAAGGAAAAAAUCCGAUUGCAUCCGUUGUCUGUAGCAUUACACGGCCAGCCCAGAGGAAAUCCUGCCGGGAGGAAAUUGCAGCAGCCAAAAUCCACGGACUCCACCGGCUCCACAGAAAUAUCAUUUCUACUUACAACUGGCCAACUUCAAUGAUAAGUUUAAAGCAAAUUAGAAGAAGUGGGGGGUGGAAUCAACAACAACUAAGCCUUAUGUGAUGGAAUCAUGGGAACAAAAUCCCAAGCCAAGACAAAGAUAGUUGCGCUGGCAAUUUAAUGCCAACUGGUGAUGCCCAAGGCAUGCUCGGCAGCUACAUAUAUCAAACCGUGAGCUUCACUUUUACUUUUACAUUUAUCUUCAUAUGUCUAGCGAGGAAAAAAGUGUUUGAAAUCAUCGUGAAUGUGAUGAAAAUCAUGAAAUGGUUGAAUUGGCAAAAUCCUUUAAUAUAAUAUUUGAGAGUUUGAUUCCUAAGAUUUCAAAAUGGUAUACACCCUCUGAUUUUAUAUAUCAUAAUCUGCAAUACGCUGGAGUUUUAUAAAGAAAAGGCUGGACUCAAAUUUUAACCCAAACUUAAGGGUUGAGUAAAGCAAGGUUAAAUAUAUUCUUCAAAGCAAGGUUGUAGCCUAAGUAAAAUGAAAAAUAUUGUUAUAUUUCUCUCUUACUUUUUGAAAUGAAUUACAACUACAUAAAGCAAACAAUCAAUCCUAAGAUACUUACAUCAUGAUUAUGCAUCAUUGGGAUGAUGUAAUACUACUCAACAGCUAGAUUCUAGACCUACUU